AUGGCCGACUCGCAACCGAAGAGGCAGCAACAAUCGACAUCGUAUCGGUCGCAGAAGGCGACUGCCGAGUCAAUAUCGCCGUUCGAGAAACUAGAUAUUAUUCCAACGGUGUUCAUCGUAGGCUCGUUCUCCCUGUUGCCUGUUCUUCAGCGCCCUCCCCCUCCUGUUUCUCUCCGCUGUGGUCUUGUCGCCCUCUUCACGGGUGGAGGUCAAAUUGCAGCUUGGUUCCCGACGGCAAUUGCCGAUCAUGACGGUCAUGCGGACUUUCAUAAGGCGGACGACUCCGAGGCAGCAGAAGUAUGUUUCCCCCCUAAUCUCACUGUCAUACCAGACUCAAAACCCAAACUCGAUAUUUUGGGGAGUGGAAAUUACCUAUCUCCGCCUACAGAUGACUCGUAUCUGGCUGUUUGCAAAAAGCAUGGAUACACGCCCAACAGCGUGAUUUUAGAAGACGGCACUAGGGCGAAUUGGAUAGGAGAUUCCAAGGCUGAGAAGGUUAUUUUGAAUCUGCACGGUGGUGGAUAUGUCUUCUCUGCACCGCCCGAGAUGUUUGAAACCAUGUUUCAAGUAACCAGCUUCUUAUCUUCGCGAGGCAAAAAUGUGUCUUGCCUCUUUCUUUCCUAUGACCUGGCCCCGGGUGCACACUAUCCACGCCAGUUGCAACAAGCCGCCAUGCUCCUCAACCACGUCAUCAAUACCCUCCACAUUCUGCCCCAGAAUAUCAUCCUCACUGGCGACUCGGCGGGCGGAAAUCUAGCCAUAUCCCUCCUCUCCCAUAUCAGCCAUCCACAUCCGUCUCGGAGCCUUCCAAUCCCCAAAGUGGACCUGCCAGCGCCCCUUCGAGGAGCCGUUUUGAUUUCCCCCUGGGCAUCCUUUUCCGUAUCCGAGGACUCCUUCUCCCGCAACGAAUACAAAGACUGCAUAGCUGGAGACGCCGCAAAAAAAUGGUCCAACGCAUUUCUCAACUCUACCUGGCCCCACGCCGAAACCUCCGACUAUUACAACGAAGCCAUAACGGCGCCCCAGGAAUGGUGGAAUGAUCUAAAGGUUGACCGCGUGCUGAUCACAGCCGGGGAUGAGGAGGUACUGGUUGAUAGUAUUGAGAGCUUUGCUGGGAGGUUGCGGAAGGGAUUUGGGGAGGAGAAAGUCGAUCUGGAAGUUGUGGAGGGAGAAACCCAUGAUCAGUUUAAUCUGGAUUUGCAAAUAGGGUAUAAAAAUGACUCCAAGGGGGCUAAUAUUAUUAUGGAGUGGCUUGCUGCUAGAUUCUGA